AUGUCGAGAUCAAGAGCUAGAGUGCUCUUGCUCGUCUGGCUCGCCUCAGCAAGGGCGGCAUCUAUCCCCUCCAUCUUUCAACGUGACGACACUGCAAUAUGCGGAGCCGACAACUUCCGGCAAUGCGGCGGUGGGCUCGACGAAGGUCUUUGCUGCGCCGAAGGCAGAACCUGCCUCUUCCUCGCCGGCGGUUCGACCGUGGUCUGCUGCCCCAACGACUCGUGCAAGCAGUUUACCGCCAUCUCCUGCAACGUCAGCCUCCAAGAUCCCAGCGAAUACCCCCAACGACAACUGAAAACCACAGCCCUGGAUGCCGAGCUUCCCAGGUGCGGCGAGAACUGCUGCCCCUUCGGCUACACCUGCAAUGACGAGGGGCUGUGUGACAUGGAUGAAGACCAGUCCCAGCGGCCUUCUGAGCGGCCGGCUUCCGAACGCCCGUCCACUACUCGGACAUCGAUGUCGAGCGUUACGUCCACGUCUAUAAUAUCAACCACCACCUCUAGUUCUGAAUCGACGACUAGCGGCACUACAACCUCCACAUCCACGUCCGCGUCCACGCCCACUGGCGACGCCGACGACGAGGAAGAUGAUCCGUUUCCCACGGCCCCCGUCGUCGUGGGUGUCCUCGCAGGCGUCUUCCUUCUCGUCGCAGCCGCGGUAGCCGUCUUCAUGUACCUCGCUCGACGCCGCAACAAGAAGAAGAACGCAACCAGCGCCUUCACCGAGAAGAAACCUUUCGGCCGUGGCCGGCUCUUCCGGGCGUCUUCGUCCACCUCCUCCUUCGGCCACAUCAUCUCCGACCCCAUCCCCAGGGAGGAGUCCGCCUUGCGUACCGACUUCAUCCUCAAGACCCCGGAACGCCACUCGCGCGCGUCGCAGCGCCUCAGCUCCCUUUCCCGCCGCGACUCCCUCAACUUAAGCGGCGCGACGGCCGUCCGCGGUGCCCGUCCGCCGCGCAUCCCCACCCGAACCCUCACCAACGCCACCAUGACGACAACCAACCGCCACAACCCCCGCCCCAGCAUCACCAUCCCGCCCAUACGCACCAUGCGCAACCAGCAGAAGCCGACCAUCAACCAGGGCGGCUACUGGGGGGACGGCGGACUCGCGCCGCGGGAGGCCGCGCUCGAAGCCGCCACGCCUACGGACACCAGGCCGGUGACGCCCAGGUUGCAGCGCGAGCCGAGUAGCGAGAGCAUCAACGUGUUUGCGGACCCGGGCACCGUGGCGAGUAGUAGUAGUAGUAGUAGUCGGGGUGGUCAGCAGGGGAACCCUUCGGCGGGGGUCAUGGGGCUGGAGCCGCCUCAGAUGAAGCGGUUCACGUCCGGGACUACGUUUACGGAUCUUAUGGAGGAGGCGCAGCUGGGUGAUGUGAGGAGGGGGAACCCUUUCGUGCCGGGGACGCCUGGCCGGACGCCUCAACGAGGGUGAUUGUCGGGAGGGGAAAAAAGGGAGAGGAAUGGGUUCGUUCUUUACUUGGUUAAUGGCUGUCGUUUUGUUCUCUGAAUGCCCUUUCUCCUCUUUUCCCUGACUUUUUAGAGGAGGCAUUGCACUUGGUGGGAAAGUGGUUCGUUCGUUCUAUACCAUGCAUAGCGAGAGUCGGACGCAAAGAUUGUGUUGUUGGAGUUAUGGUCUUUUUUUUUUUUUUUUUUAACUUGGUAUAGCGUUGUUAUCACGGG